CAUUCGAAUAGUAGAGUGGCUUCGCCUUUCGUGGUUCGUUUUCGAAGAGCUCGCCCAUUGGAUCUAGCCGGCAGCCAUGGCGGAAGAUCUAGUGCUCGACACCGCCAUCAGAGAUUGGGUGCUAAUUCCGAGAAUGGUCUGCUCUAUGUUCCCAAAGGCCAGGCCCAGAAUGCACAAGCACAGAUGUUUUCAGAUCCAAAUAUGGCAAUGGAUAUGAUGAAGAAGAAUCUCUCAAUGAUUAUACCUCAGACUCUUACAUUUGCAUGGGUAAACUUUUUCUUCUCCGGAUUUGUAGCAGCAAAAAUACCCUUUCCUCUGACUCAAAGGUUCCGGUCGAUGUUACAGAAUGGUAUUGACUUGAGUACUGUAGAUGUCAGCUAUGUCAGUAGCCGUUCAUGGUACUUCCUAAAUCUGUUCGGAUUAAGAGGUUUAUUCAGUCUCAUUCUGGGAGAAGAAAAUGCAAUGGAUGAUACACAGAGAAUGAUGCAAAUGUCUGGUUUCGGCAUGGACCCAACAAAGGGUUUGAGUGCAGAGAAGGACAACUUAGACAUAGUACAGCAUGAAUGGGUCCUGCCUAAGUUUGAGCAUCGUGCUGAAGCUGUGUUGAGAAAGUUUGUCAGCUGAUUGAUUUCUGGCUCACAGGUCUUCCUUCUUCGGGUUCUCUGCUAAUCCUUGUGUGUAGGGGUGUUCCUGUGGUGGGGAUGCAGGGAAGCCUUCCCUGUUCCCUCGAAAUUUCCCACCAAAUUUCGCGGGGAUUAGCAUGGGGAAGAAUUCAGGAGGUACCUUUUGUAGAAAACAUACUUUAUUUUCUUUGUUAAAUAAUUUGUGUCCAGCCUUGUUUUUGAGAAAAGAUUUGAUUGAGUUGUUUGUGAAACUUUGUUAGGAAGAUGGACUUCAAACAGAGAAAUAUUUUGAUGUAUUAUUGAAAUAAGUUAAUAAUGUGAUGAAUCAAUUAAAUAAUUGAUCGA